AUGAACAAAAAAAAUUCUUCUUAAUUAGCUUCACCAUAGCAAAAGAAAAAAAUUAUGACUUUGUAAAAUGAUUUUGAUUACAAAAACUCAAGAGAUAUCUAAAUUGCUAAUAAUAAUAAUAAUCAAACUCCAGGAGAAUUAUAUAAAAAGGUCGUUCAGCAAAAGCUUAAUCAAUAUUUUGAUAGAAUUGAUCAAUCAGAAAAGGCAUAUUCUAACAAUAAGAACUAUAAUAAAAAUGAGCAACCUGUAAUGAAAAAUAUAAGCUACUUGCAAGCUAGGGAAGAUCAUAAAAAAUUAAAAAAAGAUAGCAACCACAAGAAUGAAAAAUAUUAUGCUCAAAAUCAAUAUUCAUAGAAGAAAAGCGCUAAGCAAAGUCAGUAAUACAAUGUUUACGAUAUAAAAAACUAUGAAUAUGGAGAAUAUAGUCCCUAAAGUGAUAAAUAAAAUUGGCUAUAAAAUUAGAAGCAAUCUAAUAUUAAUUAAACGAAUAGAGAAAAUUAUGAGUACAAAGAUUAAAUGAAUGAGAGUGAAUACUAAGAAAAAUAUUUGGAUUAUCCAGAAAAUGUUUAUUUAUAAUAGCAAUAUCAAAAUAAGCCAUAAAAUUAAUACAAAAAGUAGGUUUCUAAUGUCGAAUAGAGCUCUUAGAGGAAUUAUUAGAAAGCAGAUGCUUACGAGAAUGAAAGAGGAUAGUUUAGGAAUAAAUAAGGUUCAAGAUAGCAACUGCUUUAUCACGAUGACUCUUAAGACUAUCAAAAUAAAGUUAAUGCUUUCCAUAAAGAAAACUUACAUUAGCACUCUUAAAAAAAAUUAAAAUUAAUUGAAUAAACUUAAGAUUAAGCAAUAGAUGGCAUCUAUGAAAAAUAUUAUAAAAAGAAAGAUAAUUACUUAGAUGCAAGUCCUUAUUCAUAGAGAUAUAAUCCUAAAGUCUCAGAUCGAUAAUACUAUGACAAUGAUAAAUCUUAAAAUAGUUAAAAUAAAUAAGACAAUAGUGAGUGUGAACUUUCAUAUGAAGAUAUUCUUUAUUAAGGUAACUAGAGUUUUGAAGAAGGAAGACACAGCUAAAGAAGUUCUAAUAAAAAUAUGGAUUUUGGCAAUAAUUCAUAGCAGGCGAAUCAAUUUUGGAAUAUGAGAAAGCACAUGCAUAGCAGAGAUAACAGCAACAUUAAGAAAAGCAAUAAUUAAGAUAAUUCAUAUUUAUAGAACUCAUAUAAUGACACAAAGGGUAAGGGAUUUCUUUCAAAGAGUAAUUAUAUAGACUACGAUGAUAGCACUGAAUAACAAAAUUAAGAUAGGAGCAGAAGUCAAAGCUAGCACGACUAUUAGCAUCCUUAAACUCAAAGAGAUUAGAAAUAAAACAAUUUAGAAUACAAUUAUUAUGAAAGAAGUAACUCUAUUGACCCUAAUUCUUAUUCUUAUUAAGAUAAAUCAAUCAGGCAAAGAUUGCAAUUUGAAGGUACAGAAAAAUCGCUGUAAAGAGAAAUAAAAAAAAAUAAUUACUUUUAAGAAGGUUCUUAAAGUAGAGAUAACAGCUAAAUAUUUGAAUAAAGUUAGUAAAUAAAAAAAUAGCCUAACAAGCAAAGUUAAUAAAUAAUGCAUGAAUACAAUUUGACUGAUUAGUCUAAUUAAAGUAUAGGUUUUUAGAAAUAAAUUUAAUUUGAAUAAACCAGCUAAAGGAACAAUAAAGAAAAGCUACUGAAUGAUUCAUAACAUCCUUCAAGUAAUUUAUAAUAGUAGUUUCAAUAAAAUUAGUAGUAGCUCUUUAUAAAUUAAUUAAUUCAAAACGCCCAUUCAGCACACUAAAGCUUAGAACUUGAUUUAUAGAAAAUUUCUGAAGAAAACACUCUCAGAAAAAUGAGACAACAAAAUAGAAGCUAAAACAAUAUUAAUUAGUUCUAAUAAAAUAAUUUGUAGCAAAUUUAGCAAAUUCAAUAGAAUAGCAAAUUAUAAUAGCAGCCUGUUUAAUCUGAUGUUAACAAUAUUAUUUCUUAGUAAAAUUUAUUAAUAUAAAAUCUGAUUUCCCAACUAUUAUAAGUUUAAGCUUAGUAAAUGGUUAACACAAUAAGCAAGAACAAUGCAAAUUAAUAAUCUUUACUAGGUGUAAAUAACUUUGGUUUAUCUUAGAGUGAUUAUUUGAAAAAUUAAACAGGAUAAGGAUCAUAAUCCAACAUGUAAUAAAUUAACUACUUGCUUUAGCAGUAAAUGCAAUAAUAAAAAUCCUAAAAUGUUUUAGAUUCUAAUUUAUUAUAGUUAAUUAACCCUAUAAACUAAUAAUUGCUUUUAAAUUUACUUCAAGCUUAGGAGCAAUUUAAUCAAACUAAUUAAAGUCUCAAAUUGAAUUAAUAAUUAAAUACAUAGUUAUUAUCUGAAGAUAUUCUCUAAGGAACUUUACCAAGAUCUAUGAGCAAUACUUAAAUUUUAAAUCUUUAAGAUAAUAAUUUAAUUUAAAGCCCUGCCAAAUUAGUUGAAGACAAAUUAAAAGAUAUCUCAGAGAAGUAAGAUACUAUGUCGAGAAGACUAGACCAAAUAUUAGAUUAUUCUAAAAAAAAACUUAACUCCUCAUUAAGCUAGAAAUAAAUAUAAAGUACAUACGGUCUCCCUAACUAAAACUAAGCAGCAGAAACAAACUAAAAUGCUUAUAAUGAACAAUUUAUUAAUAACAAUAAACAAUAAUAGCAUAAUGAAUAAAAAAAUUUGCCUAGAAGUAAAAGCUAAUUAAAUGUGUAUGAUAACUCAAGUUAAGAAAUUAAAGAUCAUCAUAAUAAAUAAAGUUUCUAAAAAUUUUCUAAAAUAAUGGAUGAUAUUAUCUAUAAGCAAGAAGUUACAAUAAAAAACCUUUAGAGAGAAAGAAAACUUAGCAAAAUUGCUAAAGAGCAAUACGAAAAUUCUUAGAAUUCAAUUUAAUAAACUUCUACUGAUGAAAUAGUUAGUAAGGAGCUCUCUGAAAUACAACACUAUAUCAAAAAUUUUUAAAAUUCAUGCAAUUAAAUUGAUUCCAAUAAAUAAAAAACCAAAUCAACCAAGGACUUAAUGUAAAAUGUUAAACACGUGAAUGAUGUACUUGAAAAAGAGUAAAAAGGAAAAAAUUAAAUAGCUUACUCAAAUCAUGCAUAGUAAGAGUCAAAUAAUGUUAUUACUUAAGGUAUUUCUAAACCUAAUACAUAAAGAAAAAGAUGGGGAGAUGAUUCUACAUACAAUUCUAGUAAGUAACAACAUUUAAAUUUAAAUGAAGUGGAAACUCCUCAAGGAAUGAUUAAUUUCAGAAACGAAGAAUAGGAAGAAAUAGAAGAUAUUAAGCAUAGAUUUAAAUAAGAUUUUAAAAAAUACUUAGAAAAAUCCAAUUAAAAAAAUAUCCCUCCUUCCAAAAAGGAGUAUUCUCCAUCAAAUAAAUAAAAAUUAUUUCAAAAAGAAGGAGAUUCUGAUUUCGCAGAGUAAGUAAGACCUAUUUAUAGCAAUGGCAGCUAAACUUAAUAGAAUAUUAGAAGCCCUAAAAGAUGGGAUAUACCUCAAAAUAAAUAAUCAGAAUAGAAUAAAUAUUAAAAAAAUGAACAAAAUGAAUUUUAAGAAUCUUAUUAGAUGUCUAAACAACCUUAAGAGAAGAAAUCUCCUUAACAAUGGACAAUAAACUGGGAUAAUGAAAAUUAAGAAGACCCUAAAAAUUCUUAAAAACAAACACAAAGCAAUUUAAAAAGGAAUUAUUCUCGAAAGGAAAUAUAAGCAAGCACUUCUCCUUUUGCUAAUAAUAGCAAUUUGUAACCUAAGCAAACACUAAACAAUAUAUUUGAAUAGAAAAAUGAAACUUAAAAUUAAAAGGGAAGAAGUUUAUCAUCUCAUUAGAAAGAUGAUAGAGAACAUAUUAAAAAAUAGUUUUAACAAUAUAAACCACCCACAUUUUCUCAUUAGGAAAGUUUUAAACCUUCAGAAGAAAACCAUGAUGAAUUUGAAGAUACCAAUUAUUAAAAUAAUAAUUAAGCUAAUGCCUACAAUAUUGUUUUUGAUGGAGAUAAUAUUGAUGAUGUUUCCAAAUCAAAGUAAUCCUUGGCAGACAUUUUUAAAAGUAGAAAGUAAGAGUUAUUAGAUAAAUUAGAAGAUCAGAGAAAGAAAAAAGUUAGAGACCACUCUUAGCAACCUUCAAAAACAAAAGAAGAAUUAGCUCAAAUAAGGAAAGAACUGCUAUAAUAGACUCGUAGAAGAGACUUAUCUGCAAAUAAUAAUAACAAUAAUACGAGGUAAAAUUAAGGAAGUAUGAGUAGAGGAAGAUAAAAUUCUCAUAAUUUAGAUAUGAGUUUUGAGCUUAAAAAUGAUUAAAAAAAUAAGAGCAUCAAAGAUCCUCCACCUGAGCUAUUAAAUAGGUUGAUUUAUGGCUUGAAAGCAAAAGUUGAUAAGAAAGAUUAUAAAAAAUUAACAAUGAAAAAUUAUGAGCUUUUGCCUGAAAUAAAAAAAAAGAAGGAAGAAGAAAAGAAAAGAUAAGAAAUGGCAGAGAGAAUUAAACAUAAAAAGGAAUACGAACAAAAAUUAAGAUAGAGAAUGAAGAACAGUAAUUUGAAUAGGAGUUAAAUGUAAUAGUCUCAAAUUCAAUCAUAUAACUAACUAUAGUAUAAUUAAAGUUACCAACAACAAUAAGAUUAAUAGCUUUAUUAGUACUAAAACUAUAUAUGA